AUAGUGGUCUCGGCUUCUUAAGUGCUUUUUAUUUUAUUAUAGAGAACAUUCGUACUGUUUUUCCACGAUUUCUCUAGCCUAUUUACAAAGCCUUAUAUUCUUUAUGAUCAGGCAAUAUGAAGGGAGUGUCUAAAAGAUUUAGGUGAAUUCAACAUCUUCGGAUUAAUGCAAUCAGUUUGAUCCCUAUAAGAUGCUGGACGGCUCUGCUUCUCAUGCAUCUGCCUUCCAUUUUACUUAUUGUUUAGUGUUAUCUUAUUGACCGGGAUAGUUGCUCAUUUAUUGUAGUUAUAUACACUGGUGACUAUGUUGAUCAUUAUGCUAAACCCCUUUAAUCUAAUAACGUGCUAGACAUUUUCAAGAUGAAAAAUUUAUGAAAUAGUGUUUUAAAUGAACUGAAACUUCCGUCUGUCUAAUUAAGCCUUAUUCCAUCAUUCAUUAAUAUUGUUUCAUAAUUGCGUGUAAAUGCACUGUAGACCAGUUUACAUAGAAAUAGUUUUUGGUAUUUUAGGUAGAGUAGUUGUCUGAAAACAUGGCUGUAAAUUCAUUCAGGUGCAAAGCACUUCAUUCUCAUAAGUGAUGGGACGCAGAAAAAUUGAAGUCCAAAAAAUUGAAGAUAAAAAUAAAUGUGUGGCCACUUUCCGCAAGCGUCGAGAUGGUUUAUUUAAGAAAGCGCUUGAACUACAUCGUCUCACUGGCGCGGAAAUUACACUGAGUUUAGUAUACAACAAAUCAAGAUAUUACUUCAGCUCACAUGGUGAUAAAGAUGAUGGAGAUGUAAUUAACAAUUUUCACUACACUAAACAUUUUCAGUUCAAGGCAUGUGGAUCUCAUUUACCACACGGUUGCAAUGAAACUAAUUGUUCAUCCAUGUUAUCAAAUAAUAAUCAUUCAAGUCAAAAAAAUGAAACAUCUAUUAAACGGAAUCCAUUUCCAUUGGUGAAUUCCUCUAACAACUAUACAAAAUAUAAAUAUAAAAGUACAAAGUUAACUAGUGAAGAGAGAUUAGCUAAUUUACGAUAUUUAAUUGUUGAUGAGUUAUUUAAACAGGCGCUUACACGAUUUCGUUCUUUAACCAAAGUAACCAGUUUGAAUAAGAAACAGUCAAUAAUUAGUCCCUGUUAUAAUAGUAGUGGUAGUUGGACUAUGUUAAGUCCAUCAAGUAUUAUUCCUAAUUAUGAAGUUUCAUCAUCUCAUUUGGUAGAUCAAUCAGAAAAGGUUUUUAAUGAUGAAAAUAUUUUGUCUAUAGUUCAAACACACACAAAUUCACCAUUACAAUUUAUCUAUUCACCAAAUAAUUUAUCAUAUUCAUCAUCAAUGAAUACUACUACAGAUCAACAAUUAUCAAAAGAAUUUAAUUCAAGUCCAUUAAGUCAAAUUUUAGAGUUUAUUGAUGAUAAUAUUAAUACUACUACUAAUACUACUGAUAAUAUCAGUCAUGACAAUGAUGAGUCCGAGGUAGACAACAGCAACAACAAUAAUAAUAAUAAACAAUAUUUGGAUUUAGAUAAUGAUACUUCACAACCAUCAUAUUUUACUGAAUUACAAACACCAAAUAUGAUAUGUUAUUUAGAUGAACCAAUCAAUUAUUAUUCAUCAAUAAAUGAUAACCCAUUAUUGAUUGAAGAGAGCACAAAUUGAUUAUUAUUGAUUAUUAGUGAUCAUUUUAUUUGUUUAUUUAUUUUUCUUAAAGAAAGCUAUUGUGAUACAUAAUCUUACUUUUUAUUUAUUUAUAUAUUAUAUUGAUAUAGUUUUCUUUAAUCUAUUCAUCAUUAUCACCGCUAUCACCAAUUACCCAUUAUCAUUAAUAUAUAUAUAUAUGAACUCAUUAUAUUAUGUAUCUAUGUAUGUAUGUGUGUAUCAUGACAAUUAUUUAGGCAUGAAUUUAUUUUACAAUCUAAUUCAUUUGUGCAAUAUAAUGUGAAAGUACUAUACAGAUAAAUAUACUUGUCUUGUCUGUGUU